CAUAAUAAAAGCUUAAACUCCAAGAAAACUAUAAUCAAAGAACCAAAUUAUCAUCUAUGGAGGAUGCUAGUUUUUUCUUCUACACCAUCUUCUCGUCCUUAGCCUUGCUAGUUUUUUUUAGUUUUCUUGUCAAGUCCCUAACCACAAUAACCGCCAAAAACAGCACCAAACAUGGGCCGCCACCAAGCCCACCCUCCCUACCCAUCAUCGGCCACCUCCAUCUCAUGGGCUCCUCCGUCAUCCCCAAAUGCUUCCAAACUUUAGCCCGCCGCCACGGCCCGCUCAUGCACCUCCGCCUCGGCGCCUCAACAUGCAUAGUCAUCUCCAACGCCCAAACCGCCACAGAAAUCAUGAAAACACAUGACCUCAACUUCUGCAACCGACCACACUUCGGUUCCUCCGACCACUUCCUCUACAAAGGCUCUUACUUCAUCACCGCCCCGUACGGACCAUACUGGCGGUUCAUGAAGAAGCUCUGCGUCACUCAGCUCCUCUCAACCUCCAACCUCAACCGCUUCACUCACAUCCGAGAGCAAGAGAUUAAUAAUCUCUUGAAAUCUCUGGCGGUUUGUUCAAAUGAAGGAACUGCCACUGAUUUGAGCUCAGACCUCACUGUUUUAACCAAUAAUGUUCUUUGUCAGAUGGCUAUGAGCAGCACGUGCUUCGAUGAGGUUAAUGAUGUCGGGGAGAUUCAGUGUUUGGUUAAGGAGUUUUUGCAUGUUGGUGCUAAAUUGAGCAUGGGUGAGGUGUUUGGGCGCUUAGGAAAGUGGGACUUGUUUGGAUAUGGGAAAAAGCUUGUGAAGAUUGUGGGGAAAUUUGAUAGGAUCUUGGAGCGUGUGAUGGUGGAACAUGAAGGGAAAGUUAAUGAGGUUGGUUUUCAAGGAGACAUGAUGGAUAUUCUAUUGCAGGUUUAUAGGAAUCCAGAUGCUGAAGUGAAGUUGACCAGGAAUGAUAUCAAAGCUUUCUUCUUAGAUAUCUUCCUAGCUGGAACAGACACCUCUUCAGUGGCAUUGCAAUGGGCCAUGGCAGAGAUAAUGAACAACCCAAGAAUAUUAAACAAGUUAAAGGCAGAGAUUGAUGCAGUGGUGGGAGCUAGCACACUGGUUAAGGAAUCAGAUAUUCCAAAUCUACCUUACCUCCAAGCUAUUGUGAAAGAAGUGUUGAGACUCCAUCCACCAGCACCAUUUGCUCUAAGACAAUCAAUUGAAGACUGCAUCAUCAAUGGCUAUGAUAUAAAAGGCCAAACCAGGACACUGAUCAAUGUCUACGCCAUUAUGCGGGACCCGGAAGCGUGGGCGAAUCCAGAGGAGUUUAUACCAGAGAGGUUCUUGGAUGAUGAUCAAAAUGUGAUGAAAAUGAAGAGUGAAGAUUUUAGGUACAUUCCAUUUGGGUUUGGCAGGAGAGGGUGUCCUGGGGAUUCACUUGCUUUGAUGGUGAUACAAGUGACACUUGCAGCUCUAGUUCAAUGUUUUGAUUGGAAAAUCAAAGGGGGAGACAAGGUUAAUAUGGAAGAAGGGUCAUCAUUUUCGGCAGGAUUGGCAAAGCCACUAGUGUGUUACCCUGUCAUUUGUUUAAAUCCUUUUUAACAAGUUAGCAUUUUUCAAAGGAAAAUGAGGUUAGGUGUAAUUACCUUGGUUCUACACUGUGUGAAUGUUCACAAAUCAUUUUCCUAUUUAAAAUCUAUGCAAGAAAAUGAUGCAUCUCAGACUCAGAUUGCUCCCAUCCCAUCAGUGAGCAAGCAGUAUUGAGACAGAUAUCCUAAUGUUAAAAAGUUAAGGAAUAAGCUGUGUGAUGUGUUAAGGAUUAUUUACCCUUAAGAUAAUAGUUGAGGUGUAUAUUAAUUUGCACCCUUUAACCA